ACGAGCGGGGAGGCCCGGUGCCAGGGGAACUUUCAAGGAUGCCCGUGCAACGCAACGCCGAAUACGUGCGGUGUUGUCCAAAAUUGUGAUCGUGGCGGAUGCAAUGGGUCUUUUGACAGCGGCUCCAACACGGCGCGCUGUCGAGGCAACUUCCCCGGCUGCGUGUGCAACCCUGUGACAGUAAGUCUGACUCGAAGCCCUCCUGAUGCUUCAACCCAACAAAGUAACUCUGCAAGUUCUACCUGUGGCAGGAAGCAGAGUUGUUCCUUGAACGGCUGCAACGGCGGCUUUAAUGAUCAAGGCAACGCCGUCUGCAUGACAAACUUCUACGGCUGCCCUUGCAUUCCCAAUCCCAUCUGGAUACCGCGACCGCCAACUCUGCCGCCAUACGUACCACCUCCGCCGACGCAGCCGCCACUCCAGAACCCAUGGUACUGUGUUGGUCUCUCUGAAGACGACGACUGUGGCUUUGGCGGCUGCACCCACAGAUUCGAACUUGUGGCUAGGAACAUGAAUGCUGGCACUCAGGUCUCAGGCUACCUGACCGGGAUAGGGCACUCCACUGCCGAUCUUUGCGGAGCUACGCUUGGCGGCGCGACCAUUAUUUGCCAGGGUGAUAUCACUGCCCAAUGUUCUGAUUAUGGCGUUGCUCUGUACAACUCUCGGAGUUGCCGAACCUUUUGCCCCGAUCUAGGCGACCUGCCGUUCUGCUGGCAAAUCUUCAACGGGGUCUCUGCUUUUGAGCUCGCCAUGGACCUUAUUUGCGAUAGGGCUCUUUCUUGA